AUGAAUUGGGCGAAAUCUCCCAGGUUUAGGUCAUACGAUCACUAUCAAAACUAUUCCCUUAAAGACAGAUUAGCUCCUAAAGUCACUAAGCAUGCCAGAUACAAGGCGAAAGACGCAGAAGGACUGGUGGCCCAAGGUCGUACUAAGGCUUUCCCUCAGAAGAUGACCACUGAGGUUCGCCGUGCUACCCUUGAGAUUAUUAGCGAAACACCGUACGGCCCUCCUAUCAGUAUAAUAAUUCUCAAGAGAUACGUAAUCAUUACGGUCCGAGUCCCAGAUAUAUGGGCACUCGAUCUAGAUCAUGGUUUGAACCUAGAUGAAUAUGAACCUGACUGGCUCAACAUGCCGCAGGCUGAAAGGCCGUAUGCUAUGACAGAAUGGCGGAAGAUCAACCUAUUGUUUAGCAUAGAAGAUAUUUUUACCAAAGCUGUUAUCGUUCUCGCCGAGAAUGGGAAAUCUCCCUAUUGGUCUCUAACCUCCUGCGGCGUGGUUGAUAACCAGGGAAGUGGGGAUCAUGGUUGUAGUAGUCUUAAUCAUAUUUGCGAUGUUUACGACGCCGCGGCACCAAAGAUAAUUCAACAGAAGCAGCGUUGA